AUGUAUGUUCUCAUCUAUCAAUGGCAUAUUGGCAUUAUUUCCAGUUCGACAUCCUGGUUGUGUAACGUGGCAAAGAACGUCUCCUUGUGGCAUUUUUCGCUUGACUCGUACACAAUGAAAAAGGCUACACAAGGGUACGUGACAUUGUUUGCGGUCUUGUUUGGGUCGGUUGAAACAUUUGGAUUCGAACAUACGCCAGAAAUCGAUGAAAAGAAAAAAACCACACCAUCGAUAGCUUCGAUCACAUCGUUCAACAGCAAUCUUUUGGAAGCAAUCUGUUGUGUAGCAAGUUCAAGGUCUUCAUUCCGAACUCUCCAUGUCGCGCGACAUGUGACUGCUCGAUGCUUAGGUUUUAGCUAAUAGAUAUAAAAGCGAUUAUAUUUACGUUAUAUCCAGGUUGCGUACAAAGGUUUAUUAAUUUUCACAAAUCCAAAAACAAUUUGAUGCAAACUUACCAAGGUUAAAAUAUUUGCUCAAAGCGAGUUUUGUAAACAUUUGGAAUCAAGUUCCUUUUGUGGUUUGAGUGGCAUUUUGUAACAAAAAUUGUUGUCUGCAGCGAACGCCUUUCUAUAUGUUUUAGUAUGAUUACUGUAAUUUACAUAGGGAACAAUAUUUUGUACAAUGGUGCUAAUGACGGUGUUGAUGGUAGCAAUGGUGUUGAUGGUGCUGAUGCGGAUGGUGGUGGUGUGGAUGGUGGAAGUGCGGAAGGUGUUUAUUGUGGUUGUGAUAAUAAUGCUGAUGGUAGUGAUAACAGUGUUGGUAGUGGUGGUGGUGAUGAUGGUGUUGGUGGUGGUGAUGAUGGUGUUGCUGGUGAUGUAGGUAAGACGUCUACAUGUAGUGAAACAGUUGUGGAGAUGAGGAACGUCUUACAUGUAAGUUAUAUACUGUUGUGCAGUAAUUCCUCAUACUUUGUUCUAUUUUGUUUUGACAGUGAAAAAUGCAUCAUAUGUCCCAAACCCGUGCUGUGGGUAUACAUAUUUUCUCCUAGAGUUGGAUAUCAACACUAGGAGAAAAUAUGCAUUACAUUUAUGUAUAUGAUGCCAAGGAUUUUGUGAACAGAAAUUCCUAG